CUGGGUUCCUCUGAAGAAAAUAACCAUCAAAGCACCAGCAGCAGUUACAGCCCAUGUAAAACAGGUGCCUAAUAGGGCUUGUACAAUUGGUUUAUACUCCUUAAUCAUCUUUCAACCUUAGUUGCAACAAAGUUAAGUCUAAAUCUCAAUUAAAUUAAAGUAAGAAAGGAUAACACCAAAACGGGGCUAUCCCAAAAGGACCUUUCUGUCAAGAUUGAUAAAAUAGAUUUUUGUUCAAAGUAGAAAGGACUAAAGCCAUGAGUUAUUGUCCUCUGGUUCCUUGUUCAAAAAAUGCAGCCAAUUCCUGACAUCUUCAUAUCACAGACGUUGUACAGUCAAAAUUGUAAAAUGUACCUGUCGGCGGUUUUUGAACUUUAUCCAGAUAUAUACUGCCAACCUGAUAAUGCAUUCGUUUUCCAGGAUACUUGGACAAAUAUUUACGAGCCAGACCACGCUCCAAGGUUGACACCACUACACCAACAACCUCAAUUGAAAGGACAAAUAAAUGAUGAGUUACGUUGGGCCAGGUUAGAGAACCACAAGAAGAUAACAACAAGAUAUUUGAUAAUGGAGUUUAAAUGCCCACCUUCCACAGUUCUGACUACGUCAGAGGUGUCAUGGAGAAGGUUAGCAGGCAGGUUAUGAAAAGGUUGUUAGCUCCAGAAGUCUUUUGACGUUCCUGUCAGACGUUGAAGAGAUUUUCUUUUGCCAAUUUUAAAUUUUGUUAUUUUAUAAAAAUCUCGAUUGAAAAACUUUCUAAUGAAUAGCCAAAAUUUUCUACUUUAGGUCGUACAGCUGAUAUUUCCACCCAGGGCAUAUUAUGGUGUGUACUGUGUAAAUUAUAAGUGGUGAUGGUUUCCCCCACCAAUUAUACCAUUACUAAUUUUUUCCUCUAAAUAAUUUCAUAUUAGAAAACUUAUUUAUUAAUCAAUGUUUGUUUUAUUUCCUUGACUGCUAUGCCUCAUCUUGAUGAUUCAGUAAUGGCACCCCUAAUUGAAGACAAUCCUACUCCAUUUAGGAUAGAGCCAGGGAGUGGUGGUGCUUUACCACAUCCUGUUGUUACAUUUUUCCAUAUUGCUUUCCGAGGUGCCGCUUUAUUCUUUUAUAUAAUAUGCAGCUGGUUUAGUGACAGUUUUAUAACAAGCUUUAUCAUUGUAGUCCUACUGCUUUCAUUGGAUUUUUGGACAGUAAAGAAUGUUACAGGCCGUAUUAUGGUUGGAUUGAGAUGGUGGAACUACAUAGAUGAUAAUGGUGUUUCUCAUUGGGUGUACGAAUCUAAAAAGGAACCUGAAAGAAGUAUGAUGAUAAGUGGAACAGAAUCAAAGAUUUUUUGGGCAGGCCUUUUCGUUUUUCCAUUUUUCUGGGGCCUCAUGUUUAUAGCCGCAUUCUUCAGUCUGAAGUUUAAAUGGCUUGUUUUAGUAAUAAUUGCCUUAGCUUUGAACGGAUCAAAUGUUUAUGGGUAUCUUAAGUGCAAGUUUGGUAAAAGUGACAAAAGUAUUCAUGAAACUUUGACUUCGGUUACAUCUGGCUUUAUUAGAGAUCAAGUUGUUCAAAAUGUUCUGAAUUCUGCAAUGAACCCUCAGUCAGCACCUGCGCAACAGAACCCACCACAUAACAUUGUGUAAAAUAAUUUAAUUUUAUCGACUAAUUGAAAAUUAUGUAUAAUUGCUGUAUAUAGUGCUACAAUAUUCUUGUCAUGUAUUAUUGGAAGAGACUAUGUAAUAUUAUUUCUUGGUUGUAAAUCAUUGUAAUAUAAUUUACAAAAUUAAAUAACUUGAAUUAUGUUAAUUUAUAAUUUAGAUCUUAAAUUAUAAAUUUUUAAUAUAUAUUUAUUGAAGGGUAUAUAUUU